CCCGUCGAAGUCUUCGAAAACAUCAUCGACAUGCUUUACUCCGUCUUCCUCACAGACCGAGUUGAAGAUACUCGCGCCCUGCAUAGCUGCGCCCUCGUGUGCAGAGCCUGGCGUGUCCGCUCCCAACGUAACCUUUUCUACUCGGUCGUUCUCCACGAUGUUGCAGCAAUCGAAAAGCUCUCCACUGUCCUCGCCAACGCGCCCCAUCUGUGUGAGUAUGUCCACGAAGUGACACUCAUCGGGCGCACCCUCCAUACCACAGCCAGUCCUCUUUCGCUCUUACCCAUCGCCCUCCAUGGGAAACUCCCUAAGCUACAAGAUCUCCAUAUAAAUCGUUCCCUGCAGUACCUUCCUCUUCAUCCUCGCUUCUCGCUCUUCUUCUCUGCAUUCACGACUAUUUCUCGCCUUUUCAUCUACAAUACUACAUUCCGGUACUUCAACGACUUCGCUAGGAUGGUCAAUUCCCUUCCGGCAUUGGAAAUCCUUAUAUGCGACGGUGUG